GUCUAGGGAUACUGGCGUGUUCGGGACGAGAUCGAGGCACUGCACUGCCUGAGCUCCGGGAGGGGAGCUGCCUGCUGGAGAGAGUUGCUGGGCGAGUGAGCGAUUUACUACAACAAGACAGCGCGACAGCGAGAACAACUUCAGCACGCCUAACUAGUUACUAGGUAUUUUCAAAACGAACAGAAAACAAGGUCGGAAGGCAGCGCGGGAGCUAUUUAUAACAUUGCUGCUGAUAAAGUGCCAAAUUGGUCACGUUCGUAAAGUAAUAUUUUUGCGGGGCGACAGAUCGGAGGAGGCACGGGAGUGUGUGAAGCACUUUGAUGUGGGCUGCUGAUGGUUGUAGCAGUGAGGAGAAGAAGGGAUUUAACAACUUUCCUAAACACAUCAACAAGGGAUUCGUGGCAAUAUUUCCCGAAAUACAUCUCCGGUUUACCCACGAAGCUUCCCCCUGAUGAUGUGAGGGGACCAUGAUGAGGACAGGCCAUGGUGAGGACUCAGGACCCAGCGCUGGGGAGGGCACCUGGAACAUUGAUGGAUACUGGAUAUAGAGGUCAGAUGGUGUUCUGAACGAGACAUGGGUAGCUACUGUAGCUGUCCUGACAAAGACUUCCCUGAUAAGCAUCAGAGCAAAUUCAAGGUGAUAAAUGUGGAUGACGAUGGUAAUGAGUUGGGCUCAGGCUUGAUGGAGCUGACAGAGGAGGAGCUUAUCCUCCACACCAGGAAACGUGACACCGUCAAGUGGCCUUACCUCUGUCUGCGUCGCUACGGUUACGACUCCAACCUCUUCUCCUUCGAGAGCGGGCGACGAUGCCAGACUGGACAGGGUAUCUUUGCCUUCAAGUGUGUGAGGGCAGAGGAGAUGUUCAACGUGCUGCAGGACAUCAUGCACAACAACAGCAUCAGUGUAGUGGAGGAGCAGGUGGUGGAGCUCAACCCUAUAGAGACUACUGAGAUGUCCCGCAAACCACACACUGCUGCUGCUGGCUACUCUGUACCCACGUUACCGAACGGUAUAGGGCGCUACCCGUCGUUUGGUGAGGCCUCGUCGCGCCCUUCUAGCCGACACCCGUCUGUAGGCAGCGCCAGGCUGCCCUCAGUGGGAGAGGAGUCAUCACACCCCCUCCUGGUCUCAGACCAGUCGGUCCACACCUACGUAAACACUCCUGGGAUACAGGAUGACCGGCGCACUCGCCCCAGCAGCCACACCCCCUUGGAACUGCGGCUGUCCAAUCCGGAGACGACCUCCUUGCUAGCCACCGCCCCUCCGUCUCCCACGGAGACAGACAUGGAUACGGAGCCUCAGGUGCUGCUGGAGCCAGAAGGGGCUAAAUUCAUCCUGGGUCCCACCCCGGCUCAGAGGAGGCAGAAGCAGACCCCUGGGGAUGAGGACAGGGAGGCUGGGUCCAGACAUUCUGGGGAUGAGGACAGGGAGGCUGGGUCCAGACGUUCUGGGGAUGAGGACAGGGAGGCUGGGUCCAGACGUUCUGGGGAUGAGGACAGGGAGGCUGGGUCCAGACGUUCUGGGGAUGAGGACAGGGAGGCUGGGUCCAGACGUUCUGGGGAUGGAGAGAUGGAGCUUGGGGUGUCUGGGUCUAACGAUGAGCCCAGCUUGACAGCUCCCUCUGGGGGUCUGAACGGGAAUGGGAACGGCUGUGUGGUGGGCGCCACCCUGGGUCUCCAGGCAGGAGAUUGUGAUACGGGCUAUGACAGUGAUGAACGCAAAGACGGGCCCCCUCCCCCUCUUCCUCCUAACCCAAACCCUCCACCUCUCCCAGGGCCCAAACCCAGCACCAUCUCCACCUAUGAGCACCACAACGGCAACACCACCCAUCCUUAUGUCUCCACCCCUGUUCCAGCCCCCAACCCCCGGCGUAACCGCCCCGCCAUCCCCCUCCCUGACUCCUCCCACAAUGCCAACAACUCCGCCCAGCGGCGCACGGCGCUCCUUAACUACGAGAACCUCCCGGCGCUGCCACCGGUGUGGGAGACCGCCAGGCGCUUCUCCGAGGGAGACGAGGAGGACGAAGAGGAGGUGUAUCACAGAUAUGGACCAAAGACGCCCUCCCUUAACGGCUACCACAACCACCACCACCAUCCUCACCACCAUCACCAUCACCUUCAUCACCACGGUCUGGGUCUGGACCCCAUGCACAACUACGUCAACACAGAGAAUGUAAACGUCUCGCUCAGCGCCAAACUGGACUCUGCGCGGAUCCUUCCGCGGGGGCGGGACUCUAGCGGCGUCUGUUUGACCCCCAGCGUCUUUACCUUUGACUUCCGGUCGGGGCGAGUGGCUGGCGGACCGUGUGGGUUGGGGUCGGAUCCCCUGAGGCAGCUGAACUACAUUGAGUUGGAGAUGGAGAAGGGUUGGGACUCCAGCGGGCCGCAGACACCCAAGACCCCCACCACUCCCUGUGGCGUCGGCCUGGGCAGUCUCCUCCUCCCACCCUCCACCCCCACGCGGCGGACCGAACUGUACGCCAUGAUCGACAUCGAGCGCACGGCGGCCAUGUCGAGCCUUCAGAAAGCACUGCCCCGUGACGACGGUACCUCUAGGAAAACCAGACACAACAGUACUGACCUUCCUAUGUGAACUUCACCACGCCCUACCAUACCUAGCCUACCAAGCACUGAUCUCAAAUGGAACCCUAUUCCCUAUAUAGUGCACUACUUUAGACCAGGACUAUUCAUAAAGUGCCUGAGAGUAGGAGUGCUGAUCUAAGAUCAGUUUGACCUUUUUAGACAAUAAGGAAUCCGAUGACCUGGACAGGGGGGGACGGGGACGGGGUGGAUCUGAUCCUAGAUCAGCCCUUCUACUCUGAGAACCCAGGACCCAGAGGGUUCUGGUCAAAAUGAGUGCAUAACGACCCAGGGCCCAGAGGGUUCUGGUCAACAUGAGCGCAUAACGACCCAGGGCCCAGAGGGUUCUGGUCAACAUGAGUGCAUAACGACCCAGGACCCAGAGGGUUCUGGUCAAAAUGAGUACUUAACGACCCAGGGCCCAGAGGGUUCUGGUCAACAUGAGUGCAUAACGACCCAGGGCCCAGAGGGUUCUGGUCAAAAUUAGUACUUAACGACCCAGGGCCCAGAGGGUUCUGGUCAACAUGAGUGCACUACAUAGGGAAUAGUGUUCCAUUUGGGACAGAACCACUGUCGGGUCCUUCAGUUGCACCUUGACCUGACCCUUGUUGUUGUUGUUGUUGUUGUCAUACUUUGUUUUACCUCCAAACUGAAGAAAAAAAACACAACAUUUGAAGACAGAAGGGCUUCAGAUUUGUUGCAAUAAAUUUAAAAAAAAAGAUUUUAUAAUGUCUUAUUCCUUCACAAGGAGUUACACUGUGUCCUGAAAGUAACCUGGUCCCAGACCUGUUUGUGCCAGUCUGUGUCAUGACAAGGAGUUACACUGUGUCCUGAAAGUAACCUGGUCCCAGACCUGUUUGUGCCAGUCUGUGUCAUGACAAGGAGUUACACUGUG